AUGACCGAGAAACGAAGGAGAAGGACGGGCUGCCUGACAUGCCGCACCAGACGGGUAAAAUGCGACGAGAGAAAGCCAGAUUGUGAACGCUGUGAGGUUGCCAAUAUAGAAUGUACUGGAUACGCGGAGAAACGGCGGGUGAAGACCAGACAUCUGGGACAAAUCACAACCACAACAGAGGCUCAAAAUGGCGGUUCGUCACUUCCGGCAAGUCUCACUAAACAUGAGUAUGUGCAGCCAAAAACUCGCGAAGAUGGAUUACCCUUGAUGGCGUUGCCAGUCAAUCCAAAUCCAUUUCAGCGACCUCACUCCCGAGCGCGUGAUAUGUUGGGAUACCACCAAUAUCUCUACAGAACCUCAACGGUCUUGUUCGCACCAAAGAGCUUUCAUUUCUGGAGAGAUUAUUUGUGUGAAGCGGCGUGGGAGACCGAAUGGAUCUUCGAUGCUAUCGUCGCCCUAGGUUCAAUGCAUCGCGCAACCUUGUUAUUUUCGAAACAAGAUGGCAGCGACCGCGACCGCGGACUAGACACGAAAAUUGCUGCCAUCCAGACAUACAUCAGAGCGCUUGAAGGAGUGUCAAGGGAAAUGAACCAGUCAAAGAACCCUACACCUCUGGCAGUAGGUGUUAUGAUUCUUAUGGCAUAUAUCGAGUCUUCUCUGCGUGACUUGGAGUUGAUUUGUCGCAUCGUGAGGCCAUUUCCCAGCCCAUUGGAACCAAAUUUUCUGUCGAACGCAGAAAAGCUGACGAUCAAUCUCCCUGCCUCGUUCUUUGAAUUGGGAGCAAGCUGUUCCUCGGUAUUGAUUCAACAGCUACUGGAAUUCACCUCUGCGGAUCUUGAUGUCAAGCAUCUUAUAUGGUGUGUUUAUGCCGCACAUUAUAAGACUGUCUCGAAAGAAAAGAUCCUAGCAUUCUUGCAAGCUCUGGAUGACUGGAAGACAUAUAACUCAACAGCCUUUCAAACUCUGAAAGCAGAGGAAUUCCAUCUAGACCUUGAUGAGUUCUCAUAUCAAGGUCUGGAUAAAUUUCCAUUCCCACCACUGCCUCACAAGCAUAGUUCUUGGGAGUCAUGCCUUGUUUUAGCACUGUACAGCUUUUACAAGGCGCGUCUCCUCUGGGCACUAUGUCUUCUAGGAGACGAAGACCACAAAAUCGAAUUAGAUUCAUAUUUCCAUGUCUAUGAAUUACUGCGGUACACAAGGACCGCUUUGACGAUCUCCCAGCGAUCCUCUUCCGAAUCAAUGAUAACAUGUGAGAACUUAAGAAUUGGGUUUUCGCCGCUACUCUAUCUAGCGGGCCGCUGCUGUCCUUCAGCCCCAUGGCUUCGCUGGAUAAUUCAGGAGCUCGAAAAUAUUGGCCCAGAGGGGCUUUUCCACAACAAACCAUUUGCGGCAACACUUGAUCUUCUGUUAUCGUUAGAAGAAGUCAAAACGAGAGAUUUACAUUCAUCCUCUGAUGGGACAAGUUUUGUACACCCUUCCAUGCGAACGAUUGCCGUUUUCAUACCUGAUAUUGACGGCCGAAGCUUCGAAGCAUAUUAUGGACGUCUCCGAGGCUCUUUGGAUGAAACUAACACUCAAUUCGCUCUUUCUAAAGUUGCGCAUUGGUUAGAUACAACCAAGGAUACUGAGCCUUUCAUUGAGGAUUAUGAGAUAUACCCGCACCCAUUUUCUCCUAACUGGCUCAUGGAACGGCCUAUUGUGAAGAAGUGGUUGGACUGGAGUUGUGUCACGGAGUUUGAUUUGAAUCAAGUGAUCAAGGACCACAUUGCCGGGAAUCGUCUUCUGCUUGAAACUGCUGUUGAAGCAUGA